CGAAUAGCAGCCAUUUUGUUUGGUGUACUGAAAAAUGAUAGCACAGCGAAAGUAAUUUUCUGUUCAUACGUUUUCAUCUUAAUAAUACUCUUUGACGACGUUUGUUUUUCGGUACUCGACAUAUAGCUUUAUUAAAUAUAGUUCAACAUUUUCAUGAUAAUCGUAAUUUACGUUGUGUCAGACUUCUAAUUCAAAUGAUGAAUGACAAAGCCGGAUUCGCCGCUGAUAUCAACAGAAACAACCAAUAUUUGCAUGAUGUUCCUGUAAAUUACACAAUGGAAGGAUUUUAUGAAGCGUUUUCUGGACAUAAUCAGUCUGCAAACUGCGAACGGGUUCAUAAUAUGAAUAAGAAUAUUUCAGAGCGCAAUAAUCUGAAUUCAAGUUUUUGGAAACCAAGUUUUUCUGAUGAAUUCGUGAAUCACGAUGAGGAAAUUAGAUCUGAUUCCAGAAUGUCAUCAUCAAGCUUCUCACACUGCACAAAGACUAAAACAAAAAAUGACAAUCAGUUAAAUACAGAAUCUACAAAUAUGUUAUUUCAUCAAAAGACAUCAGAAACAUCUGUCCCGUGUUAUUCAACUGUUAAGGACACGUUAAAAUCAUUUAAUGACAAAUCAAAUGAAUGGCAUCACAACGAAGGACCAAUUGGUCGACUUGAAAGAGGGAACGACUAUUUGAAAACUACUCAAACCAAGAAAUCGUCGAAAUCGAAUUCAACUAUAAUUUACCCGUGGAUGAGACGAAUUCACUCUCAGCACAGUGAGACUGUUGAUCCAACAAAACGUACAAGAACUGCUUACACAAGAUUUCAAACCUUAGAGCUGGAAAAGGAAUUCUAUUUUAAUCGGUAUUUAACGAGACGUAGAAGAAUUGAAAUUGCUCACUCACUUUGUCUGUCGGAAAGGCAGAUCAAAAUUUGGUUUCAGAACAGAAGAAUGAAGUGGAAGAAAGAUAAUAAAAUAAAGAGUUUAAACUCUAUACCUCACAUUAGUGGACCUGUGUAACAAAAACAUAUUUUUUGCUUUCAUGAUUUCCGAGAUAGCUCAAAGUAUAAGCGGAAAUAGAAAGUAGUUUAUCACUGUUACGAGCACCAAGUUGCCAACGUAAAAUCAUGCAGCACAGGCGAGAUGUUUUAACAGAAUUAAAUAACUUGACGAGAUUAAUAUUAUUAGUCUUAAUGAAAAUGCUAUUAGAAUGUUCCUCACAUAUUUUUUAAGCUUUACUAAUACAAUAUAUUUCAACAUUCCAACCUUGA